ACUGAGAGUAGACAGAGGCCAACUACCUUGUCGUUCAUGUGUGGAUCAUCGAUCUGCGUGGCUGUCAACGGCCUUCUCCAGCUGUUGCUGAGCAUCACGAUCCUGGCGCUAGAGGUGGCCACAUCGCAGUUUGAUCGCCCGUUGGUGGUCGGAUCAGCAAAGGAUACGCAGGAGACCAUCUUUCUCGCUCUCGUCUCGGGCUCGCUCGCUCUGUCGGGCAUGGUGGCGGUGUGGGCAAGAUCGAGAGAGUCCGCAAGAGCUGCGUACAUCUUUGCCUAUCUACAGAUCCUAGUUGCGGGGGCUGCCGCCGUCUACGCCUGCAUCUCGCUCAUGACCCGUGCAGACGCGAGCCAUCCGCCGCUCGACGAGGAGCCGGGCUCGGCCGUCGUCCGCGCCUCGCUCCUUCUCGGCGCCUUUGUCCUCGGCCUUUGGGGCAUCGUCUCGGGCUUUUCAACCGGCUCCAAGCUCGAGUCUCAGUUCCACUACUCGUCGUUUUAGCCUCGGACCGCCGUCCGCCGUCCGCCGUCUCGCUUUAU